CGGUGCCGCUCCCGGCCCGUCCGCCGGCGGCUGCGCGCGCCUCUCCCCUUCCUCCUCCUCCUCCUCCUCCCGCCGCUGCCGCUGCCCCCGCGGCAGGGAUGGAGGCCAUCGAGGAGCUGGCGGUCCAGCCCUGCACCUCCUCCCUCUACCUGCGGCCUUUCCGCCUCUCUUACCGGCAGAAUGGCACAAAGAAGUUCUGGGAUUUUAUGAGGACACAUGACAGUGUGUCAAUCCUGAUCUUUAAUACUUCUCGGCAGUGCUUUGUUGUGGUGAAGCAGUUCCGCCCAGCUGUUUACAUGUGUGAAAUAGAAAGGCAUCAGCCUCAAGUGUUUGAGAAUCGGGACAAGGAGAGCUUCCCUUCCCUGGAAAAUCCCUUACCUGCUGUGGUUGGAGUGACCUAUGAACUCUGUGCUGGCAUUGUGGACAAGCCAGGCCUUUCUUUAGAAGAAAUUGCAUGUGAGGAAGUUUUGGAAGAGUGUGGCUAUCGUGUUUCCACUGCAGACCUCAGGAGGAUCACUUCUUACAGGUCUGGAGUUGGUGUGACAGGUUCUAGGCAGACUUUGUUUUAUGCAGAAGUAAACGACCAGAUGAGAGCCAGUGGAGGAGGUGGCCAGCCUGAAGAAGGAGAGCUGAUAGAAGUUGUGGAAAUACCUUUAGCAGAAUCCAUGAAGUUUGCUUAUGAUGAGACUUUCCCGAAGACAAUGGGUGUCAUCUUCAGCUUCAUGUGGUUCCACAACAACAUAGCACCUAAACUACCCAAAAAGUAAAGCACCAUGAUUUUAAGGAAAGCUUUUCUGCUGGUGCUGUGCCUGCAGAAAGCUGCAAAAUCUGCCUGCCUCAAUCAACUCAACUUCUCACAAAGUUUUCUUUAAAUAAACUUAGAAGUAUAAUCGGAAUUAAAAUCUUCACACAAUUUCCAUUAUUAGCAAAACACUAACUGGAAUCGCUGGGGCCAGGAUUUGCCUUGGAGAGGCAAAUGUUGAUUUUUGUGCAGUUAAAAAAUCAAAUGUUGAUUUUUGUGCAGUUAAUUGAACGUGUCCAGAUCUCCUUUCUCACAGCACUGUUUUGAGGAGCUGCCCAAGCCCUCAGCACAGCUGCCCCAGGAGCCUCUCACCAUGUCUACAUACUGGCAGUGUGUAUUCAUUGUCAGUUUUGAUAUUUUUUUGAAGAAAGCAGCAAACCUUAAUAGUCACAGAUACCUUAACAAGGUUCCUGAGUUCAGCACAGCUUUCAGGGAGCAGCUUUCUCUGUGUGUGUGGCUCCUGUGCAGAGGAGGCCUUUGCAUUUCUGAACAUGCAAACUUUUAUUUCAUAAACAAACAGGUCUGUAAGUCCUGCUAACAUGUCACCUUGACAGUGCAGCAGCUGUAGGGUGAUGUGCUCUUGUUUGUUCCCAUCACAAUACUGGGCAGCACUGAUGGGGAUGGAGGGGUGAAGGAUGGGGGCUUCUGCUGGAACACAUGCUGCUUUGUUUGCUUUAUGGGCAAUAGUUGAUAAAUCAGAUCAAACUUUGUCCCCUAGAGCGGGACCAGAGAGGCCGAAUUCUUUUAAUUUGACGAUGAGGUGAUUAACACAAGGGAUUGCUCUGAGGUUGCUGUGGUCUCAAUUUCCUUACCACCAAAUGGGAGGAAUGGGACUUACCCCUCAGAUAACACUUCUUGGAAUCUAAUGAUUGGAAGUGCUUUAUUGUGAUUUUAUCAUCAUUUGUGCAGUUUACAUGAAAGCCUGUGCAACCUGCACAGAUAUCCUGAGGAAUGGCUCUUUACAUCAACAUCUUGAUUUAAUAAUUU